ACAGUUCGCCACAAGUUCAGUAUUGUUCCGACAGUUGUUCCAGAAUGAAGUCUUUCCUUGCAUUAGCGGUUUUUGUUGCGGUUUUCUGCUUCGGGAACGCCUCACCGACGUCCCAGAACGCGACCGGGCUGCGACACCGGUUCCGGCGGGACGCCUCCGUACGGUGCUGCAACGACGGCUUCGAGGACACCGAGAACCAUGCUAAAGUGGCGGAAGUUCGACACGAGUGCGCCGAAGAGCUGGGACUCAGCGAAAUGUCCGAAGAGGAACUGCUGAAGGACCGUGAACAUCUGAUCUGCCUUGUAGAAUGCAUCACCAAGAAGCACGAGCUGGCGGAUGAGCACGGCAAUCUGCACCACGACGAGCUGGAAAAGGCCAUCCAUGAGCACUUUAGCGUAGCCGAGUGGAAGGCACCGCUGCUGGAUGGGUUCAUUAAGGAGUGUUUCGACGAGGCCGAGGAUGAGCACGCCCACCAUGAGACCGAGGAGGGCAAGUGCAACGAGGAGGGAUUCCAGUUUGCGUACUGUCUGUGGAGACACUUUACGCUGGCCUGUCCGGAGGAGAUGCAGGACAAGUCCGAACGCUGCGAGGGAAUCAGAAGCAAACUGGUGAGCAACGAAAAGGUAAGCUUCUGGAACAACGAUAUCGACGAGUCGUAAAGAAGCUUUCGAAAGGGGGUAAUAGUAAUAGUAAUGGAGCGGAAGCUUUUGCGACUGCGAAAGCACGGCGUAGAUAAGCAGUGAAAACGGAGGUAAGCGUUACGUACAGUUACAAAAGUGUUGUUGUUGUACUUGUUCUUAUAUGUAAAAUAAAUAUUAUCUGAUGCAAGUUAA